UCCGAAGAUGUGGUUAACAUCCUCUAAUAUUGUCCAGUUCAAGAAUCAUACUGACAAUGAUACUGAGGAUGAUUUAGCUAGAGCUGCUUCUGGAGCUAGAAGUUAUGUUGAGAAUUCAAAGGUCAAUGAGAGUGUGUUGCUGAUGAAGUUCUAUUCCUUGUCUUCUAGAGUAGUUAACUAUUUGCUCUCUGACCGUGAUGGUAAAGAAUUAGAUCUACCAUUUGAAGUGAAUGAUGAAGAAUUGCAGAUAAUUCUUUUCCCAAUAAGCACCUUCGUACUCGGUCGUUCAGGUACUAGAAAAACUAUGGUUUUGACCAUGAAGUUAUUUGAAAGAGAACGGCUGCACCUCACGGUGCUGGGAAUAUUACAUGGUGUCCAAAGCGAUUCACUUCUGCAUGGUAAACAGAAAAUUGAGGUUGGUGAGGAUGUUGAAGAGACAAAAAGGGACAGCUUGCGGCAAAUUUUUGUGACUGUCAGUCCUAAACUCUGUCAUGCAGUCAAGCAACAUGUUUCUCACUUGAAAAGCUCUUUGUAUGGGGGAAAUUCUUCGACAGAUAGCAGUUCUGUUGACAUGGAUGAUUUUGAUUAAACAUCACAAUUCAAGGAUAUCCCAGAUUCCUUUGUUGAUGUUCCAUCCAAGGCUUACCCCCUUUUUAUAACAUUUCAUAAGUUCUUGAUGAUGCUUGAUGGAACGCUUGGUGAAUCAUACUUCCUGAGAUUUCAUGAAGCAAGGAAACUUUAUAAAGGUGGAAUUCAUAGCUUAAAACCUAUU